AUGGUUCGUUUCUACGCUAUCGAUUGUGAGAUGGUUGAAAAUGAUUUGGGUAAAAGCAUGGUUGCUAGAGUGUCCCUCGUGAAUGAAGCUUUAGAAACUGUUCUGGAUGAGUAUAUUAAACCUACUCAUCAUGUAGCCGACUACCGGACCUCGAUAUCCGGGAUUAAACGCGGCUACGAAACUGAAGCUAAACCGAAAGAUGAGGUAGUCCGUCGUUUAAAGAGCAUCAUCAACGGGCAUGUGCUUGUGGGGUUUGAUGUGGAAAAAGACCUCGAAGCUUUAGGAAUAUCGCAUUCUAAAGUCAAGGACGUGGCGACCUAUCAGCGUUACCAAAUAUCUGGCCAGAAACAGUCGCUUAAGAAAUUGGCUCAACAAGAGCUUCGCUUGUCCAUUCAAAAUGGACCACAUGACUCUGUUGAAGAUGCGAAAGCUGUGAUGAGGAUUUACAACAAAGAUCGCUUUUAA